AUGUCCUCCAAGGACCGUGACGUCGACGUUGUCGACGACGUUGACCGGCCCCCUCGCGAGAAGAAGACCUCCCGGAGCAAGUCAGAGCGCAGCCUUAGAUCCGAAAAAGAUAAGGGCGACAGAGAGCACCGCUCCCACCGUGUGAGCUCCCGCUCCUCAAAGUCUAGGAUGGUGGACGGCAGUGGCCUCAGCAGCGACACACAUUCUUCUCACCGCCGCCACCGCACCCGCGAAGAACGAGACCGCGACCGCGAACAUAGAGACAAAGAGCGUGGCCACGAUCGCUCCUCCUCCAUGAACGACCUUGUCCCCGAGUUCGCCAAGACCUCCCUCACAGGCCCCGCUUCCACCGACCGUAUCUCGAUCCCUUACCCAACCUUUAGCAAGGCACACAGCAAAGAGGCAGUCUGCAGCCGAGAGGAUGUUUCUGGUUCCGCAGCCGCCGACAAGAGGGGGGACCCUUUUACACCCGAGGCGACGGAUUUGGGACAGAGCGAUAUCCAGCGGUCCAAGAGCGUCGGUCACUCGGAGAAGCGCAAGGUUUCAUCCAAGAAAGAUUCGAGGCCGCCUAGUCCGCCCGAGACGGACCUCUCUGGCAAGAGACGGUCUGGGACGCCCGAGUCGUCAAAGAAGGAUCGAGAGGAACGUUCAAGCUCGAGAUUGAGCGGUGAGAAGAGGGACAGGGAUAGCAGACCGAGCUCGCGAGUUAGCGGGCUGUCGAGAUCGGCCUCCCGCGCCGACGAGAGGUCUCGGGUAAGCUUCAAGUCCAAGACUAGUAGCCAGGCGACGUACGUCAAGUCGCCGGCGUUCCCACCCGGAGUUCAAGAGAGCCUCAACAUUAAGCCGAGCAGUUCUCGGUCAUCCUCUAAGCGGAGCUCUUCAAGCAAGAAGAGUCGUCGAUCAGACAACCAGGACGGUGACUCGUCCCCCGAGAGUGCUCAGGAUUCAUCGCCCAGGACUCCAACACAACCACCGAAUUACCCACCGCCGCUACCCCCCACCGAUAAACUCCCUGCAUUUGCCCAAGUAUACGCAGACGACAUCACACCGUCAGGUACCCCCGCCACCGACUUCGGCGGUCCUCCACCACCGCCUCCUCCUCCACCUUUGGAUGUGCAAGAAGCGCCUAGGGUGGACUAUCUCCUACAGAACGGUGGACUCUUUCAACCUAUACCCAAAACCUUCCUCUCUGUUCUUCCCCGUCAGAAUGGCGCCCGGCCGUCAAACCCACCCUUGGUCGGCCCUCAGACGUUGUUUGCGCCUUUCUUCAACCUCUUGGACCAGUACAACCAGGUCCUUAACAAGAAUGGUUCGGUAGCAGUGGCAACGGGCCACCGAUCUGUUGCCCGCAGACUACUGGACCGUCUCGAGAACGUCUUCUCUCGAGAGCUGCCCGAAUACGGAUGCACAUGUGUUGUAUGUGAAUCGGGUCCUGAAAUCCAACAUCGCGGCUUGGGCUGGGGAGAAGUUCUUGAAUGGGUCAGCGGUCGCAUUGAACUUCCGCAAUGGCCGCCCUUCGACCUGGCAAGCUUGGGCUCGAAUGCUGCGGAUAGUGCCGCAGACUUGCCCCCGCGGCCAGACUCGCCCAUCAAGAUCGAUCCUGACAUCGCCGAAGAGUUCCGCGAGCAUUAUUUGCGACAGUCCAAGAAGGUCAGGGGGGCUGUAGACAAGUGGCUGAACAACUGCGGCGACUCGACCGCCCCGUCACCCCAGGAUGUCGAUGACGAGACACUUACUUUUGCCAUGCUCACGAACCUGGACCCUGAAGACCAGCCUUACUUCAACGCCAUCCUUAGCGGCUCCAACCAGAUCAAGCCCAUGCCCAGAGCCCCAACGCCCUCUCACCGUCCUCGUCCCGACUUCAUUGUCAAGGCGGGCCUGUCUCUGCAGCGCAUUUACAGACUGCAGCAAGCUCCGCGAGAUGCAGAGGUUGCCAUGUACCUCAUCAAGAACCCCCACACACACGAUCUCAUCGUUACCAUGUCCGACAUCAACACUCAGGAAUGGGAGAUCCUUACAUCUGGGAGAUUUGACGGAUUCCUUUGGUCCGGAGCUGACGGAGACGAUCUCGCUACUCCCACCGCUGAGUCUCGAGGCGCUACGCCUGCGAGCAACUACUUCCCAUCUCGGCCAUCCACCAUGAGCCCGGGAUUCAGAGGCCCAGCUUCGCGCAACGCAACGCCGUACUCCCGAGGUGCGACGCCAGCCUCCUUUGUGAGCGGGGUAUCUUCCGCGGCGAAUCGUCAAGCAGUUUCCCGAGACGAGGAGAUGGAAAUGGCAAUCUUGGCAGAGGUGGAGCGGGAGAUCUACCAGGGCAUGGAGGCGUUGGAGGACGCUUUCGAGGCCCUCCACCUCAGAGCAGAGGUCGUCAGGACAGCUCUACGCAACAGAGGAGCUGGUUUGGCGCGCAGCUUGCAAAACCGCCGGCGUAUCGAUGUGCUCCCCAACCCUGGCUCCGGCAACUCGCAGUCUUCAGGUUACGAGCGACCCAGCUGGGCUCAAAGCGAUUACGACGCCAACAGCGAUGAUGACUGGGGCGGUGAUGAUUUCGAGUUAGCCCCUGAUGACUCGGCGAGCAACAUCAGCAGUUCAAGACACCGACGCCCCAAGCGUCGCACGGAGAGACGUACACCAGCCCCUAUUGAGGAAGACGAUGAGGAAAACUGA